GGGAGCCUGCGGGGCUGCGCACUAGUUUGGACCGAGUCGCCUCUGUCUGCUUUCCUCACCGAGACCCCGGGUGGAGGCGAAAGAGCAGAUCCAAGCUGUACUUGUAUCUUACUCUUCUUCAAAAUAUGUAUUCUACUGGCACUGAAGAGGAUGUGUUCCAGGGACAUACUUUGUUGUCAGAAAUUCCAUUACCAGAGGUAGAAAUAAUGAGCUUCAUUCUCAGAAGAUUCAUUACUCAAGAUUAUUUCAAGAGUUGGAGCUGAAUCUAAUGUUAAAUAAUGGCAACAGGUGACUUAAAAAGAAGCUUACGGAACCUAGAACAAGUGCUUCGCUUGCUAAAUUAUCCUGAAGAAGUGGACUGUGUAGGUUUGAUAAAGGGAGACACAGCAGCUUCUUUGCCCAUCAUCAGCUAUUCUCUUACUUCAUACUCACCUUAUGUAACAGAACUUCUGAUGGAAUCCAACGUAGAGCUGAUAGCAAAGAAUGACUUGCGCUUUAUAGAUACUGUCUAUAAGCUUCUUCGUGAUCAAUUUAAUUAUAAACCAAUUUUGACAAAAAAGCAAUUUAUUCAAUGUGGGUUCGCAGAAUGGAAAAUCCAAAUUACUUGUGAUAUUUUGAAUUGUGUGAUGAAGAAGCACAAGGAAUUAAGUAGUCUUACCAAGACUCCAUCACAACAAAGAAAGAAAAGCAUUGCUGGUAAGUCAGAACCUUGUUCAAGCAAUGAGAAAGCACUUUUAGAACCUGUCAGCAUUGAUGUCACGACUGGCAGGUUUCUGACUUCAGGAAAGAAGAAAGCUGUGGUGAUUCGCCACCUGUAUAAUGAAGAUAAUGUUGACAUUCCUGAAGCUACAACAAGUUCAGUAGCAGAUACUGAUGAAGCAUUUGAUAUGUUGGGCUUAAAGCCUUCUGAAAUAAACAUUCCUGAAGAAAACGUGCCUGAAAUCAAGGAUGAGCAAAAAGAUGUAAAAGUUAACCUCGAGAUUACUGCACUACAGACCAUGCUUGCUGAAUGCCAAGAAAAGCUUAAUAAGUUGCCUUCCAUAGAGAAAAGGUUAGACUGUUUGGAAGAAGCAAUGAAAGGAAAAGUGAUGGUAGAUGAAACGACCUGGACUAAUCUUCUGAGUCGUGUCACUCUUCUUGAAACAGAAUUGCUUUUGUCCAAAAAGAAUGAAUAUAUAGACUUAAAUGUAGUGAGUGAAGAAUGUGCUUCUGGUAGUGAUGUAGAUCUUCAGACUCUUGAUAGAAAAAACGAAGUGGAAGCAUCAGCAAAUAUUCCUCUGUCCUCUGGUUAUAGUACAGAAACAGAUUCAACGCCCAGAGCUUCAACUGUUAUUUACAGUGGUUUGAAAGAGACUUCAGAGGAAACAACAAUCCAGAAAUUGGAAAGGAUGAAAAAAAUGUUUGAAGAAACAGCAGAGUUACUGAAAUGCUCAAGUCACUAAUUGUAGAAUUUCCUGCAUGAACCUCUCUAGAACUUUGACUACUGUACAUGUUGUAUAUUUUAAGAAUCUAUAUAAUUUUAAUAUACUGCAAUUUUUAUUAAGAAUUUGAAUUCCAUUUGAUAUGAGUUUUUCAUUAAUUAUUGAAUAAAUAUUAUUUUUGAGCUUUGAUUAUA